UCUUGGUGCCUGACAGCAGCGGUCAUGAGUAACUCGUUGCCGUUCCUGAGGGAAUUCGGCGACGCCUCCCUCAGGGGGAGGCUCCUCAUCUGGCCGACGAGGUUGCUCGUCGUUUCCACCAUUCCCACUCAUCAUCUGAGGGACCUCUUCGCCUCUUACUGGACCUUCUCCAUGAUGAACGCCAUGGUGCUCACGACGCAGAAGAAAAAGUACGACAUCUUCUCCCAUUUGCCUCACACUAACUCAGGUGAGCACUUCGUCCGAAUUGCUUCGUGGUCUCGUGGCGACGGCUUGGUCUUCAUGAAGAAGUUGAAAUUGUUUCCUGUAAAGUUUUCGAACUUCUACGGAGGUCAGGUCAACGUGACGGCGCUGCCCUUUGCCCCACACUGGCAGGUGACAAAAAGAACGACUCCAGAGGGAGGGCCGGUCGAAGUCCUCUCUGGCACCGACUACCUGAUGCUGGACGCCAUCUCCCACGGGCUCAAUUUCAGCUACUACGUCAUUCCGACCGCCAACUGGGAUGAGGUGACGAAGAAAGUCGAGGAACGCGAAUCUUUCAUAGCAACCGUUAUUUACGCCCUGCUGCCCAACAGACUCCUUCAGUACGACUACACGUACGCCUUCGAAUUCGCUUCGCCCACUUUCUGCAUGAGGAAACCGGUGUUGGAACCCCAGUGGCAGAGCCUUUACAGGCCUCUGACAGACACUGUCUGGAUCUUAAGCCUGGUUGUGAUCAUUCUCUUGCCAUUGACGAUUUACUGGAUGAUCAACUUCGAGGAGACCAAGAAACCAGAGAAGGGCGAGAAGAAGAAGAUACUGUUUGUCGACGUCUUCCAAGGCGCGUUGGGAGUUCUCUUGGGUCAGAAUUACUCCAUGGACCACUCGACCUCCGCCAGUUCGAGAAUUCUCGUUAGUUGCUGGCUAGUCUUCGCUUUCAUACUGGGUUCGGCCUACAGGGGCAAUCUCACUGCCUUCCUCACCCUGCCCAAGUACCCUGCGAGAGCUGAGACGCUUGAACAGCUGAUCACCGUCGUUGACAAAGUAACGAUGCCGCCUUACGGGGAAGCUUUCCGGUCGUUCUACAGCAGAUCCGACUCUGUCGUUUUCCAGACUUUGGCCAGCAUGUGGGAGACGGUAACUUCCGGGAAAGAAGGCCUUACUGACGCUUCCAGGCGAAAACAAGCUCACAUAGACGUCCGGAGGUACCUGGAACUCGCCAUUGCUGAGCAGUUCACGAAAGCGGACGGGUCGACGCAUCUGUACCUGGGGAGGGAAAACGUCUUCCCUGGUCUGUCUGGGUGGCCAAUUCCGCACGACGCCCCUUUUAAGGAAAACAUCGACAGGUCAAUCAUGGCCGUCAAGGAGGCUGGUCUGUACGAAAAAUGGAGCUCCGACUUCAUGACCCAGGCCCGGAAGGAGAGUCUGGAGAGGCAGCGGCAGAACGCAGCCGAAGGGAAGUCACCCGAAGAAGUCGCUGACGGAGCGGAUCAAGAGACAUCAGGCAACUCCAUAGUCGUGGCGCUCACCGUCGUCAUAUGA